GGAACGGGACGUGGCCUUUUCACCCGGCGGCGGGGCUGGUGUGCUGCGGUGCGGUGAGAUGGCGGCGGGCGGCGGGCUGAUGCUGUGGGCGCUGGAACUCGCCGCUUUGCUGCUGCUGCAGCCGGCGCUGCCCCACGGAUCGCCCGGCGAGGCGGAGCGACGCUGCUUCUGCCAGGUUACUGGUCAUUUAGAUGACUGCACCUGUGACGUGGAAACCAUUGAUGCCUUCAACAACUACAAGCUUUUUCCUAGGCUGAAUGAGCUUCUGGAAAGUGACUAUUUUAGAUACUACAAGGUAAACCUAAACAAACCUUGUCCCUUCUGGAAUGACAAUAGUCACUGUGGAUUAAGAGACUGUACUGUAAAGCCCUGCCCAUCUGAUGAAGUCCCUGAUGGAAUCAGAUCUGGAAGUUACAAGUAUUCGGAAGAAGCCAAUAACCUUGUUGAAGAGUGUGAAGAAGCCAAGAGACUUGGAGCUGUUGAUGGCUCUCUGAGCAAGGAAACCCAGCAGGCAGUGCUGCAGUGGACACGGCACGAUGACUCCUCAGACAGCUUCUGCGAAGCUGAUGACAUCUCUUCUCCUGAGGCAGAGUAUGUGGAUUUGCUCCUGAAUCCUGAACGUUACACUGGCUACAAAGGACCAGAUGCCUGGAAAAUUUGGAAUAGUAUUUAUGAAGAAAACUGUUUCAAGCCUCAGAAUGUAAAAAGACCUUUGGCAUCUGGUAGAGGAGAUGAUGGAGGGCAUACGUUUUACAAGUGGCUGAAAGGUGUCUGUGUAGAGAAACGAGCUUUCUACAAGCUCAUCUCUGGUCUCCAUGCAAGCAUCAACAUCCAUCUGAGUGCCAGGUACCUCUUAAAAGAUACGUGGUCAGAGAAGAAAUGGGGCCCUAACGUUACAGAGUUCCAGCAGAGAUUUGAUGAAGUCCUCACCAGAGGGGAAGGGCCCCGAAGACUCAAGAACCUGUAUUUCCUGUACCUGAUGGAGCUUCGGGCCCUGUCCAAGACGCUGCCCUUCUUCCAGCGCCCGGGCUUCCAGCUCUACACAGGCAGCAACAGUCGUGAUGCCAACAUGAAGCGCCUCUUGCUGGAAGUUCUCCAUCUGGCCAAGUCUUUCCCACUACAUUUUGAUGAAAACUCACUCUUUUCAGGGAAUAAAAAGGAAGCUGCUAAGCUAAAGGAGGAGUUUAGGCUACACUUUAAGAAUAUUUCUAAGAUCAUGGACUGUGUGGGCUGCUUCAAAUGUCGUCUGUGGGGGAAGCUGCAGACACAAGGUUUGGGUACAGCACUGAAGAUCCUCUUUUCUGAAAACCUGAUAGAGAAGAUACCUGAAAGUGGCCCUUCCUAUGGAUUCCAGCUGACCAGACAAGAAAUUGUUGCCUUAUUUAAUGCUUUUGGAAGGAUUGCAACAAGCAUUCGAGAACUGGAGAACUUCAGGAGCAUCUUACGGGACAUGCGCUGAAUUCCUGCGAGAGAGACCUGAAAGUGUCACUGCUCUGGGGGCUGUGGGCAAGCACCAUCCUCCCACCACACUCCCAGCCACUCUGUGGUGAAGCUCAGUGCCUGAACUUCUUCUUCCCACCUGACUGUCUGUAACCUGCUGCUGACAAGUAUUUUUGUACAAAGAAGGAAAAACCAAAGAGCUACUUUUAUACAAAAAUGAGAGUGGGGACCAUAUGGGGAGUUUAUUUUGUAUAUUGGAAGAUCGUUCUGAAUCACUAUUGCUGUACUCUUCUGAGGGAUUAGACCCAUCUCUCUGCCUUCAGAGGCUGGAGGUAGGGCAAGAUCCAUGACACUGAAUAAAAGGGGGGGGGUGGGAAAUUCCUUGUCUGCUCC